AUGGCUACCCUCCAGAACUCGAUCAACGGCGCGAGCUCCUCUGCCGCCGUGAUAAUUCCCUCGAAAACGACACCGUUAACAAUCACCUACAAAGACCUCCUUGCCGAAUGCGCCUCGUUCCAGCGCAAGCUCGCUGCCAUCGGCAUCGACCACGGUUCGCCAGUCUCGAUAGCUACGGUCAACUCGUACGAAUUCAUCGUCUCUUUCCUGGCCGCCUCCUGGCAGCGUGGGAUUGCGGCCCCUCUGAACCCGGCGUACAAGCAGGACGAGUUCGAGUUCUACAUUGAAGACAUCAAGUCGGCCGUCGUUCUGGUGCCCAAGGGGGCUUACAAGGCCAACGCGCCGUCUGUGAAGGCUGCUAAGAAGUUCAAUGCUGCCAUUGCUGAGUGCUAUUGGGACGAUGCGCAGCGAGAGGUCGCCCUGGAUGUGAAAGAGCUCGGUCAGUUGAAGGGAAAAAAUAAGGCAGAUAUUCUCCAGGCUCAGCCUGACGAUGUUGCGUUGGUCUUGCAUACAAGCGGCACGACCUCGCGGCCUAAAGUCGUUCCCUUGACACAUCGCAACUUGACAAGGACAAUGAAAAAUAUCAAAGAUACUUACAAGUUGACCGCGCAAGACCGAACGAUGCUGGUCAUGCCACUCUUCCACGUCCAUGGCCUUCUCUGUGCUCUCCUAGCACCCCUUCACUGUGGUGCUUCCAUGAUUGUGCCUACAAAGUUUUCUGCGUCAGAGUUUUGGAAAGACUUCAUCGAAUACAAGGCAAACUGGUACACGGCUGUACCAACGAUCCAUCAGAUCCUCCUUAAGAGCCCUGCGCCGAGCCCUAUGCCCAACAUCCGCUUCAUUCGUUCCUGUUCCUCGCCGCUCUCCCCUACUGUCUUCCACCAGCUGGAGGAGAAAUUCAAGGCGCCGGUACUUGAAGCAUACGCGAUGACAGAGGCCGCUCAUCAGAUGACCUCAAACCCCUUGCCGCCGGCAAAGCGCAAGCCAGGGACCGUAGGCCUCGGGCAGGGCGUCGAAGUCAAGAUCCUCAACGACGCCGGCGACGAGCUGCCGCAGGGAGGCGAGGGCGAGAUCUGCAUCAAGGGCGAGAACGUCACGAAGGGCUACAUGAACAACCCUUCCGCCAACGCUACUGCCUUUGCGAAAGGCGGCUUCUUCCGCACCGGCGACCAGGGCAAGAAGGACGAGGACGGCUACAUCGUCAUCACGGGCCGUAUCAAGGAGCUCAUCAUGAAGGGCGGCGAGAAGAUCAGCCCUAUCGAGCUGGACAACGUGCUGACGAGACACCCCGCCGUGUCGGAAGCUGUUAGCUUUGCCAUUCCAGACGAGCUCUACGGCCAAGAAAUCGGUGUUGCGAUUGUGCUGAAGAGCGGCGCGAAGCUUGGCCAGGACGAGUUGAGGGGCUGGUGCAGCGAAAGGGUGGCCAAGUGGAAGGUGCCCAAGAAGAUUUACUUCACAGAAACCAUGCCCAAGACCGCGACGGGCAAGAUCCAGCGACGCAUCGUGGCAGAGACCAUGCAGAAACAAGAGUCUCCAAAGGCCAAGCUAUAG